AUGAAGACAGAGGAGGCACCAUCCUGCUUGCAGCAGGCCACCCCGGUGCUGGGCUUCGGGUCGGACACCAAAAUGCGGGAGGUUUGUGCCGGCUGCGACACGCCCAUCUCUGACCGGUUCCUCCUGCGAGUCAAUGAGCGUUCCUGGCACGAAGGCUGCGUGAAGUGUGCCGCCUGCCUGCAGGCGCUGUCGGGCACCUGCUACUGUCGCAACCGGCAGCUAUACUGCAAGCACGACUACGAGAAGCUCUUCCAGACCAAGUGCAGCAGCUGCCUGAAGGCGAUUGCCCCGUCUGAAUUCAUCAUGCGGGUGCUGGAGAACGUCUACCACAUCCACUGCUUCUUCUGUUGCGAGUGCGAGCGGCGUCUGCAGCGUGGGGACGAGUUUGUGCUCAAGGAGGGGCAGCUGCUAUGUCGCAGCGACUAUGAGAAGGAGAAGGAGAUGCUGAGCGCCAUCAGCCCUGCGCCCACUGAGUCUGUGAAAAGCGAGGAUGAGGAUGGCAGCCACUCCCACGGCAGAGGCAGCGAGGAAGGCAAGGACCACAAGCGCUCCAAGCGCCCACGUACCAUCCUCACCACUCAGCAGCGACGGGCUUUCAAGGCCUCCUUUGAGGUUUCCUCCAAACCCUGCAGAAAGGUGAGAGAGACCCUCGCAGCUGAGACAGGCCUGACGGUCCGGGUGGUGCAGGUCUGGUUCCAGAAUCAAAGAGCCAAGAUGAAGAAGAUCGCUCGCAGGCAGCAGCAGCAGCAGCAACAGCAGGAGCAGGAGCAGCUGGGCAACCCGCGUUUAGGGACCGGCCGUGGAACUGGCCGCAGCAGCAGACAGAGCAAUGAUGACAGUGAAGAUGGAGCAAGUGUUCACGGACUAGAUGGGCUCAUGGUCCCCUAUCCCAGGAUUCCCCAGCAGCAGCUGCUGCCACUGGAUCAGAACAGCUACAGCACAGACUUGUACCGACAAGGGCUCACGCCGCCCCAGCUGCCGGGAGACCAUCUGCAUCCCUACGACUCGGAAGGCGUUUUCCAUGACAUGGACAGCGACAGCAUCAGCCAUUUGGGAGACUGCCUGCUGUCAACAGCCGAAGCCAACCUCCUCCAAGCCCGAGUGGGUAACCCCAUUGACCGACUCUACUCAAUGCAGAGCUCCUACUUCACCUCCUGA